AUGGGGCUGCUGUCCCAGGGCUCGCCGCUGAGCUGGGAGGAGACCCAGCGCCACGCCGACCACGUGCGGCGGCACGGGAUCCUCCAGUUCCUGCACAUCUACCACGCCGUCAAGGACCGACACAAGGACGUGCUCAAGUGGGGCGAUGAGGUGGAGUACAUGUUGGUGUCUUUCGAUCAUGAAAAGAAAAAAGCCCAAUUGGUCCUGUCUGGAGAGGAACUUCUUGAAACUCUGCAAGAAAAAGGGGAAAGGACGAACCCAAACCAUCCGACCCUUUGGAGACCAGAAUAUGGGAGCUACAUGAUCGAGGGGACACCGGGGCAGCCGUAUGGCGGGACCAUGUCUGAGUUCAACACGGUUGAGGACAACAUGAGGAAACGGCGCAAAGAGGCCACAUCCCUCCUGCGGGAAAACCAGGCCCUCUGCACGAUCACGUCCUUUCCCAGAUUAGGCUGCCCUGGGUUCACGCUGCCUGAGUUCAAACCCAGCCCGGUGGAAGGAGGCGCUUCCAAGUCCCUCUUCUUCCCCGAUGAAGCGAUCAACAAGCACCCGCGCUUCAGCACGCUCACCAGGAACAUCCGGCACCGGAGGGGCGAGAAAGUGGUCAUCAACGUGCCCAUCUUUAAGGACAAGAACACCCCAGCUCCAUUUAUAGAGACUUUUCCUGAGGACGAGGAGGCCGCGAAGGCCGCUAAGCCCGACCACAUUUACAUGGAUGCCAUGGGCUUCGGGAUGGGCAACUGCUGCCUGCAGGUAACGUUCCAAGCCUGCAGCAUAUCUGAGGCCAGAUACCUUUAUGAUCAGUUGGCUACCAUCUGCCCAAUUGUUAUGGCUUUGAGCGCUGCGUCGCCUUUUUACCGAGGCUAUGUGUCAGACAUUGAUUGUCGCUGGGGCGUGAUUUCUGCAUCUGUAGAUGAUAGAACUCGGGAGGAGAGAGGACUGGAGCCACUGAAGAAAAACCACUAUAGGAUCAGUAAGUCCCGAUACGAUUCGAUAGACAGUUACUUAUCUGAGUGCGGUGAGAAAUACAAUGACAUUGACCUGACAAAAGACAAAGAAAUCUACGAACAGCUGUUGCAGGAAGGCCUCGACCACCUGCUGGCCCAGCACGUGGCGCACCUCUUCAUCAGAGACCCGCUGACUCUGUUUGAAGAGAAAAUCCACCUGGAUGAUGCCAACGAGUCCGACCACUUUGAGAAUAUUCAGUCCACAAAUUGGCAGACAAUGCGAUUCAAGCCUCCUCCUCCAAAUUCUGACAUUGGGUGGAGAGUGGAAUUCCGGCCCAUGGAGGUUCAGCUGACAGACUUCGAGAACUCCGCAUACGUGGUGUUUGUGGUGCUGCUCACCAGGGUCAUCCUGUCCUACAAACUGGACUUUCUCAUCCCGCUGUCGAAGGUUGAUGAGAACAUGAAGGUCGCCCAGAAGCGAGAUGCCGUCCUGCAGGGACUGUUUUAUUUCAGAAAAGACAUUUGCAAAGGUGGCAACGCUGUGGUGGAUGGCUGCGGCAAGGCCGCGGGCAGCGCAGAGCCAGCGGCCGAGGAAUACAUGCUCAUGACCAUUGACACCAUCAUCAAUGGCAAGGAAGGUGUGUUCCCCGGGCUGAUCCCCAUCCUGAACUCCUACCUGGAGAACAUGGAGGUGGAUGUGGACACCAGAUGCAGCAUUCUGAACUACUUGAAGCUGAUCAAGAAGAGAGCGUCUGGAGAAUUAAUGACAGUUGCCAAAUGGAUGAGGGAGUUUAUCGCAAAGCAUCCCGACUACAAGCAGGACAGUGUAAUAACUGACCAGAUGAACUAUAGCCUUCUUCUAAAGUGUAAUCAAAUCGCAAACGAAUCAUGUGAGUGCCCAGAGUUACUCGGACCAGCGUUUAGGAAAGUAAGGUACAGUGGAAGCAAAACCGACUCUCCCACCUAG